CUGAAGGAUGGGUCUCCUUUAACAGAUGCAAUCACUUCCAAUUAAUUAAUUAAUCUGAGAAAUAAAAUGUGUGUUGUAAAGAAGGCAAUGAAGACUCAUUGUUAAGAUCAGUACCUAAGCUUUCUAAUUCCCAUAUUCCAGUUUUAAUUCUCCAUUUCAAGGUUUUAUUUGCUGAAUGAAGGCUUUAUAUAAGUGUAAGGUUUUUUUUAACUGUGAACCAUACCAGUUGACCUUGAAUAACUUUAUUAUUCUCUUUAGCUAUUUUAUUUUUGCCUUUUAAAAAUCAGAAUCUUCUUUUCCUGUUUGGCUGCUUUACUACCAUCUGUGUUCAUGAUGUUUCCUGUAGUCAUCUCCAUGACUAAUUGAGCUGUGGGUUAGAUCCUGAGCAGCCCCUGGUGCAUUACCUGAGAAAACAGAUCUUGAAAGCUUGGGGAUUGUGUUGCACAAAUCAUCUUUGAAACAAGAAGACCAACAAUAUUCAACUUGUACUGAGAUACUAAAGAGGGAGUUAUAUAGAGUCACCUUUAAGAUACAGCAAUGAGCAACCCAAAUUCCCCUAACUCACAUCGAACACAAAACCAAAAAGGAAAGAAACAAAAACGAGAGAAAAGAUCCAACCUGCAAGAAGAGAGUGAGGAUGACUCUUUUGAAGAGUUUGAAACAGAUAAUCAAGAUCCAUCCACUGAUGUUGUUCCAUAUGGUGAGACAGAAGUUAUGAAGAGAGAAGAGGCACCUACAACUGUGUCUGAAAAGGGUGUCUGCCCAUCUCAUCAGCCAGGAUGGUGGACACUGAGCAUCCGAAAAGAUGAUGAAUUCUUCCAUUUUGUCAUUCUUUGUUUUGCGGUUGGAAUCUUAUUAGUUUGCUAUUACAAAUAUAACAAUUGGACAGUUUCCCUUGGUAUUGGCUUGAUGACUUUUGCAGGCUUAGAAACCACUGGAAUAUAUUUUGGCCUUGUGCACCGUAUUCGAAGCAUUCUGGAAUCAUUUGUUCCUCUCCUCCAGAGAAUCAGAACACCAGGUUUCAGAAAGGUUAAUUAAUGGAGGACUUCAAGACAGCCCCAUAAAGACCGUUCAUUUGCUUACUGGACUGAGAUAAUGUUUCCAGGACUGCCAUUUGUAAUGUAAAGCAAUGAUUUCAUAGCUGUACAAACGGGUUUCUCAGUUGAGGCAAAGAACUCUACUUCAAUUGCUCCCUUUUCCUCUCAAUAUGUUAUGAUGUAUGAGAUGUGAAUACAGAAAGGAUUCUUCUUCCUAUUGAGCAUUAUAAUUGUAGUCACAGGGCUACAUGUUUCUUUCCAUUAUGUCGUAUUCAGCUGUGCACCAGGAUUCUCACACAAGGCAUUGCAUAUUUUUAGCAUUAGUUAGAACCACAGUUUCUCAGUCUUUGGUCCUUCAAUUCCAGCAUCCCUGACCAUUGACCAAAUUGGCUAUUACGUCUGAGGUUGAAGUCCAAAACACCCAGAGGACCAAAGUUUUAAGAAGCACUAAGCACUGACAAUAAAACCACUAGUCCAACAUCUGCUCCAAAGGCUCUUUGCACAUAACAUGGCUAUCACUGCCUAUCAAGUUAUGCAACAAGUAGAGUAUGUAGUGGCUCCUCAAGGUGAUUAGACAUUCUUCUCAGGCUUUUAGUAUGUAUUGGAAAAGUCAUCCCAUUAAUGGUAUAAUCACUGCACAUGAGCACUUGGUACAUGGAGCACCCUGAAAGAAGUUUCCACAUGCCCACCUAGAUGUAUACAACAGCCCAGAUGCAUUGCAUUUGGGCAAAGUCUGUUCUUUGCAAUGGAACUUCUAUAGAGUGAACUCUGAUUCUUCUUGUCAUCAUACUUAUACCUAGUUAUUACUAACACAGAGAAAACAUUAAUUAUUUUGCUAUGGCUUAUAGUUAUAAUGCUCAUUUUUAGAGAGUUGUUUGAAAAGGGGAAAUAGAUAGAACCCUUUUGCUUUUAUACUCUUCAAGAAGGCUGAUGUUCAAUACCUCCUGCUGUUCUGCAUGCGUCUUCGCAUAAGCAGAGGAAAUCCGUUAUAAGGAGCAAAUCACUCUUGUUUUAUCUGGAUGAAAAAUAAGAACCAUGGGAUGAAUGUGAAAUGACUGUAUUGUUUUAGUUUGUUGUUUAAUAAAUUUUUGAAGACUUUC